AUGCCGGCUUCUUUCUUGGUAAUUCAAGCGGUAGAGAAUAGAAGAGAAGAGGAGGUAAGACUCCCUAAAUACGGACGGAAGUUGAGUUCCCUUGAUUUCGUGAUUGAAAAUGGCCAGUUGAUGCUCAUAAGCGAAGAAGGUUCGUUUCUUCCAAUUGUCCCGCAAAGUCGGCGACAUGAAGUGUUCAAGGAAGCGCAUAAUGGAGCUCUGGGAGGUCAUUUCCAUGCUCGCAAAAUGUAUGAUCAGCUCAGCAAAACGGUAUUUUGGCCAGGAAUGUAUCGUGAUCUGGUAAGAUGGUGCAGAGAAUGUCAAAUUUGCUUUUUGACCAAUAAUAAGAGGCAAAACAUACCGCCCCUUAAGCCGGUAGUAACGGUAAAACCAUUUGAAAUUGUCGGAAUCGACUUUUGA